AUGACGACUGGAGCCUCGCCCUCGGGCAAUACCGAUUCGGCCCUCGAUCUUGGAAAGGAAACCGUGGACCCCAACCGAGAUGCAGAUAAACACAUCUUUUCUGUUUCGGCCCUGACCUAUGGCCGUGGAACCAACGGCAAAUAUAUCCUCUUCGAUCGACCGCGGAUUCGCAGCAUUCCGCCUCUUGUCAUCGGCUUCCUAGACUUGGCCAACUCGGGCGACUUUGCUGCCAACGUCUUCAACCGAGUUCCAGUUCCAAUCUAUGCCAUUGUACUCAUGGUUAUCGGCGCCACAGUCGCUCUUGUCAUGUCCACAGUCGCUCUCCGGGACGCCAGAUCCAGCUGGAAGAACUUGAAACUGUUGAGAGAAGAAAGGACGCUUCUAGAAAGCAUGAGUGAUGACAGAUCUGCCGAGCUAGAAAUCAACCAUCGGGACCUGGGGACCGAGAUCUUCGACCGCGCCGGUGUCGAUAUUGCCAUGGGUGUUGGAGCCUUUCUCAUCGCAGUUGGCACUUACAUGGCCAUUGGGGGUGCCAAUCACAGGGUCUGGUUUGCGAGUAACUUGCUGUCCGGCUAUGUCGGCAACGCCUUGCCUGCCGUCUACGGUAUUUGCAAUGUCGGUUGGUCUGUCCAUGUCUGGCUUCGCGCACGCAAACAAGUUUGCGCCGUGUCAAAACAUCUUCAUAACGAUGUUGCAAGUCAACUUCUCUCGGUCCGCAUACGCAAGACCCAAGCACAUGCCAUCGUUACCGCCAUCGUCUGCCUCGUUUCAGGUGCGCUGUCUAUGGUCACUCCGACUCACUGGUGGCCAUAUCCUGUUCUCCUCAUUUGUGGCCUGGCUUUUCUCUACAGCACCUGGGUGUACAGAACUCAAAUCGGAUACGAGCGACUUCUGCUCUCAGAGGACGCUGUUCUGGACGAAACGUCCUUGACCACAGAAAUUCUCUUUCUUCAGUCAGUCAAGAUCGCAUUGCUAGACAGUCCCGACGCGUGGAUGGCACUUGGGCUGGGAGACAUGUCAAUGCCAAAUCUACUGCUCUUCCUUGUCAGAUGCGAUCUCUUCGAGCAACUUUGCCUCGAACUUCUUAACGACUCUUGUCUGAUCAAGCAACACUUUCGGGAUCCGACUACAUCACCAAUGACACUAGACCAGCGAACCUUGUUGCAGCUGGACAAGCCAGAACAGAUUAUUGAGAUUUCCAGUCUUGCGCGACUGUGUUUGGAGCAGCAUGGAAUUCAACUCAUCAAGAACCGUGAACGCCUUUUGUUGGAGUGUUUGGGCGCCUGCUUACUGCACCAGAAGGGGAACGACAAGGAUGGAUGA